GAGAGGGAGGAGGAGGAGGAGGAGGAGGAGGAGGGAUGAGAGGAGACGAUAGACCUGCAUUGUGCCACUGCCUCUGGUCAGAGACAGCUGGAGAUUCGGAGAAGCAGCAUCACCGGCCGGAGACACAGCAUCUUGAAUAGAAAACACACAUCCAGCUGCAGAGGGAAAACCCUGCAGACGGAAAGCUGCGAUUGCAAGAGAGGAGAGAAGAAGAGAGGACUCGACGAAAGACUGUUCGCAAGCAGCUAUGCGGCCGCGGUCCAGACUCCUGUCCAAGAGACGACUCGUGCUGCCCACCAUCAGGGAAGGCUCCGAGGAGACGGUGAGGGACCGGAACGAGGCCAACACGCUCCACAUCACAUCUGUCUCCUCUGAGGACUACCUGCUCUCCAUCUGCCACCUGGCCCACCCCACCUUCCCCAGCAGGGACGUCUCCCCCGACGACACGCAGCACGCCAGGCAGUGUGAGGCCGGUCCCCAGAGGCUGAGGCGGAGGCACAGCGGGAAACCAUCCGCCAGAUAUGAGUCGAGCCCCGCAGAGGAGGAGGCACAAGCCAUCCAUGUCGAGCAGAGGGAGGAGAACGAACUGAUGUUUGGCCACUCCGACCCUCUGGAGUUUCUUUACGGACACCAGAGCCACCUCUCGGGCGGUGUGAGGAGGGUGUGCGUGGAGGGAGGCUUCACCAGACAGCACGGGAGGGAGAGGGGGUGCCAGGCCCGCUCCAGGGCGCACAGCAUCCCGCGGGCCUCGAGCCCAGUCCCCCCGCGCCAACGCAAGAGCAGCUGCCCCGAGUUACACAGCAGCACUGACACAUCAGCUCCGGACAACUCCACGAGACACAGCCCGCCAAGGUCGGAGGUGCAGAGAGGAGCCGGGGCCGAGAGGCAGAGACCCGCCGUCAAAAAAUCCCUGAUCUCGCAGUGGAUCUCCGACUGCAAGUCCGCGUGGCGAGAGGCGCGCGUGCGGGUCUGCAUGCUCCCUGCCAUCGCUGAGAUGUAGUGGCACGAGCUGACAGGCGAAGACAACCCUCAGUAAAGUGUCCAUGUCUCUCUUUCUGUCUGUGCACGAGACAUUCUGCACCGGGAGACAUGUAGACGUGUGUUAUGCAGAUGAUUGGGAAACCAGUAAAUACACAUUUGAAAACAUACAGAGGCAAGUGAUGUUUGUCAUGAUUGUCCCACUGUAAUGUCACAUCGAUGUCACCCUUUGCUUUCCCCACCCGCUCACUCUCGAUGUAUGCUGGUGAUCACACAAAACAAACAAAUCUGCAAAGUCCUUUUAUACGUUUCUGUGUUUUGUGAACCGCAUAUAAAUAAAUAAACGAAUAUUUUGAUACUUCAA